AUGAGUAGUCAGGCAAUAGAAAUCCUUCAAUCAACAAAGAAAAUAGAGACAACCCAAAAACAGAAAGUGACAGAGAAACCGAACCGUAUUCGAGGCUUUCUGGCUGGUGUUACGUCCGGAGUGACUAAACUAUGUGUUGGUCACCCGUUUGAUACAAUUAAAGUGCGUCUACAAACCUCUGGCCUUGAUGGACGGUUUCGUGGACCAAUUCAUUGCCUUACUACAACUAUUCAAAAGGAAGAAGGGCUUCGUGCCUUAUAUAAGGGUGCAACUCCUCCUCUAAUUGGAUGGGUCUUUAUGGACAGUAUAUUGUUGGGUUCCCUUCACAAUUAUCGUCUUCUUCUACAAAAAAACGACCCAACUGUUAAACUGACUAUUCCUCAAAAUGCAUUAGCUGGUCUUGGUGCUGGGCUUACAGUGUCAUUUGUUGCGACACCAGUUGAACAUAUUAAGGCACGAUUACAAGUACAGUAUGACGCUCCAACAAAGCUUUAUAAUGGACCUAUUGAUUGUGCUCGUAAAAUAAUCAGAAAUAAUGGUAUUUUUGGCCUAUGGAAAGGUCUUACGGAAACAUUGCUAUUUAGGAGUUGGUUCGCAGUAUGGUGGGGCACAUACGAGCUCUACUCCAAUUGGUUGAGAGAAAUGAAAUUUAACGAGGGAACUGUUAAUUUUAUUGCUGGGGGGCUAGGCGCCACUACUUUUUGGUGUUGUUCAUUCCCGUUCGAUGUGGUAAAAAACCGAAUUAUGACACAACCGGAUGUCAAGUUGGUCCGUUUUCCAAAUAUGUUAAGUUGUGCUAGACAUUUGUAUCAAACAGAGGGUUAUUCUGGAUUCUAUCGCGGCUUCGCACCAUGUCUAUUACGCUCAUUUCCUACAAACGCCUCCGCGAUUUUAGCUUUUGAAACGACAAUGCGACUUUUGAAAGAUUUCGAUAUGUAA